GAGAAUGAAGAUGAGGAUAACUGGAUGAGGGUCGUUCCUUACGAAUCGCUCUUUCAACCAAUUGUAAUUUUCCCUUUUCCCGCUAUUCAACCUCAGCCUACGUCUUUUCCUCCUUUUAGUUCUGGGUUGCAACCAGUUACCAAUAUUAUAAUUAGUACUCAGCAAUCAAGGCUUUAUUUAUAAUUACAUCUAAAUGCUUAUAAAUGGUCUUAAGCAUUUCCAAUCGUCAGCUAGUUGGAUACUUAGACGGUUACUGGAAACAUUGCAUUAACUGUAACUUAGAUCAAUGUUGAGCUUUACAUUAAAUUUGCCUUUGCAAUCCAGCUGACAAUUAUUUUCUCACCUUUUACUAGUUGAUUAAUUAAGUGUAUUUAUAUCUUGUGUUUACAAUUUAAACUUGGAUUAAUUUGUGUUCAUUAAUUUAACUGCAAUUUUCGCCUUUAUUAUCUUUCCAUUUUUUUCGCUUUCUUCAAACCUAAACCUUUCCACUUCUGGUUCAACAUGAUCAAUGCUAAAGGUUUAACUGUGAAUCAACUGACCAAUGGAAAUACCAUUCUACUUGGUUUACUAAUUGUUGGCCUGUUCAAUUUAAUUCCAGUCUCUUCACGUGAAAUGAAUCGAUGCUCAUUGGCAAAGUCUCUUUACACUCGGUACAAAGUUUCAAAGAGCAUUAUUCCCAGUUUACUUUGUCUGGUUGAACAUUCAUCUAAAUUUGAUGCUUUCAAGAUCACUGAAACCCGAGAAGGCAGACGAUACGGAAUAUUUCAGUUUAAAGUUGGUGAACAUUGUGGUGAUAAUGGACCUCAAAUUGAUGACUCUUUAUGCCGAGUUCCUUGUGGUAAAAUGAUUGACGAUCAAUUAACUGAUGACGUUCGUUGUUGGCGUAAAAUUUAUGCCAAAUAUGGAUUCUCAUAUUGGCCUGAAUGGGUUAACAAUUGUCGGGGCAAAUAUUUAAUGGCUUAUCUUCAGGGUUGUCCACUUUAUUGAUGAAACUCAAUUGAAACUAUAAUUGCCAUUUCUCCGGUUUCACCAACAUUUAACACUAAUCAAUAUCCUGGUUUAACAUUCAUUUACCCAUUUAAAAUAUACUGUAAAUACCAAUUAUUACCAGAUAUCUUUAAUUAAUUUGUAAUAACUUAUUUAUUGAUUUUUUUAUCACUACUCUGCGCUGUUUUGAGCUGAUUUAGCAAAUUAAUGAGAAACAGCUUUUACAAUCCUUUUAUAACAUCUCAUUGAUCCACUGGUUUUGAUAAAAUUGAUUGUUUUUCAUUCAAUCCGUUUUAUGGAUUGUAUUAUUAUAAAUGCAUUCAUAAUUGGUUCACUUAAUUUUUAUUUGUAUUACUUGUUGAACUUGACCUUCUACCUCAAA